AUGAGAGUGAAGCCUUCGACCUCCACCCUAAAAUGGUGUCGUGAAGAGCUUGUGCCAAUGCUCAUCGGCUUACGCAUCAUCGUAAAGAGUCAACUUGGCUAUCAAGGACGAAGAAUGACCGAUUUGACGCAAAAUCCUUUUAAAAGGGUCGCCACCGCGGAUGUCAGCUUAUCGAGAAAACAAAGAUCGCAACUAGACUGGACUCUCGGCGACUAUGCGUCCGAUGCUUUGCUCAGGGCAAAUGCUGUAGCAAUGGGAUUGAAGACUUAUUCACAACUGCUACUCAAAGGUAUCACGCCAGGCACCGGUGGUCAUACAGUAUCACAGAGUGGUGAGAAAAUCUACGGCUACAAAAGUUCUGGAUUGAGCUUGGACCCUCUCUCGGGCCUCGGCAAAGUGGCCGAGCUAAUUCUAAAAGGUGCUUUUGCACAGCCAAAGUUUCCGUCAAAUUCGGAACAAACGACUAUGGAAAAGCCAAUGUUCAGAGAGUCAGACUUCGCAAACUCAAAAUUUGUGCGUGAGAGGGAAACAAAACCGAAGCUGUAA